AUGUCUUCAUUACGCAAUUUAGCCACUUUUUGGCUAAAUUGCAAAUUUAUUUGCCUUUUAAUUGUGUUGCUAUUGCUCUGCGAAAGCGUUGUUCAAGUGCACGCGAAUCCAGAUGCCAAACGGCUCUACGAUGACUUGCUCAGCAACUAUAAUCGGCUCAUACGACCUGUUAGCAAUAAUACGGACACGGUAUUGGUAAAACUCGGUCUACGCUUAUCACAGCUGAUCGAUUUGAAUUUGAAAGACCAAAUCUUAACGACGAACGUUUGGCUCGAACACGAAUGGCAGGAUCACAAAUUCAAAUGGGAUCCCUCGGAGUAUGGCGGUGUUACCGAGUUGUAUGUGCCAUCCGAGCAUAUUUGGCUGCCCGAUAUAGUGCUCUAUAAUAACGCUGACGGCGAAUAUGUGGUCACAACCAUGACAAAAGCUAUUCUCCAUUACACCGGCAAAGUUGUUUGGACGCCGCCGGCUAUUUUCAAAUCAUCGUGCGAAAUCGAUGUUCGCUAUUUUCCGUUCGAUCAGCAAACAUGCUUCAUGAAGUUCGGUUCGUGGACCUAUGAUGGUGAUCAGAUUGAUUUAAAGCACAUCAAUCAGCGAAACGAUAAAGACAAUAAAGUCGAGAUCGGUAUAGAUUUGCGUGAGUACUAUCCCAGCGUGGAGUGGGAUAUUUUAGGUGUACCAGCAGAGCGGCAUGAGAAAUACUAUCCAUGCUGUGCUGAACCAUAUCCAGAUAUUUUCUUCAACAUAACAUUGCGUCGUAAGACACUCUUCUAUACCGUCAAUCUCAUCAUACCCUGCGUCGGUAUCUCCUACUUAUCCGUGCUCGUAUUCUACUUACCCGCCGAUUCUGGUGAGAAAAUCGCGCUCUGCAUAAGCAUUCUACUCUCCCAGACUAUGUUCUUCUUGCUAAUUUCGGAAAUUAUACCGUCUACAUCGCUAGCCUUACCGCUGCUUGGCAAAUAUCUACUCUUCACUAUGCUUUUGGUGGGGCUGAGUGUCGUCAUCACGAUUAUCAUACUCAAUAUACAUUACCGCAAGCCGAGCACACAUAAGAUGGCACCGUGGGUGCGUGCCUUCUUCAUCAAACGGCUGCCGAAAUUACUGCUGAUGCGUGUGCCAAAAGAUUUGCUACGCGAUUUAGCGGCUAGUAAAAUUAAUUACGGCACCAAAUUUAGUAAGACCAAAUUCGGCAAGGCGCUCAUGGAUGAGAUGCAAAUGAACUCGGGCAGUUCCAGUCCGGAUUCAUUGCGCCGCAUGCAGGGGCGGAUGGGCGGCUUAGGCGGUGGCGGUUGCAAUGGACUACAUGCCACCAGCGCAACCAAUCGCUUCAGCGGUCUGGUAGGCGCUUUGGGCGGCGGCUUAAGCACUCUCAGCGGUUACAAUGGCUUACCGUCGGUACUCUCCGGCCUGGACGACUCACUCAGCGAUGUGGCGCAGCGUAAAAAAUAUCCAUUCGAGCUGGAAAAGGCAAUUCACAAUGUGAUGUUCAUACAGCACCACAUGCAGCGACAGGAUGAAUUCAAUGCGGAAGAUCAAGAUUGGGGUUUUGUUGCCAUGGUACUGGAUCGUCUCUUUUUAUGGCUCUUCAUGAUCGCAUCACUGGUUGGUACAUUCAUGAUUCUAUGCGAGGCACCUUCGUUGUACGACGACACGAAGCCGAUCGAUGUGGAGUUGUCGGUGAUUGCCAAGCAACUUUAUAACUUAACCGAAAAGAAGUCAUAAGCGUCGAAGCAGAAAGCAAAGAUAAAGGCGUAAAUCAUUAAAUAAAAAAAUAAUAAAAAAAUAUAAUGGAAGUAAAAGACUUCUUAAAAGAAGCUGAGCCUAAUAAAAUUAACGCUUACUUAGAAAUAUGGUAAGCAAGAAGCACACAACGUGCGCGCACUGAAGGUUUUCUCGCAAGACUUGACUCUUCCAGAAACAAAAUUUUAAUAAAAAUUAAUUAAAAAGAAAGUUAAAUACGAACAUGGCAAGCUAUACUGCGUGUUUGCCGGGUGAAAAAUAAUGUUAAAUUAAACAAAUCACAUAAAUGAGAAAUAUUUGUAGUUAGUAAGCACUUCGAAGCACAUAAACCCCUAAGAAAUAUGGAGCAUUUAAAUAAAAAUUAAAUAAGUAGAAAAAUG